AUGUCUGCCGUCAGCCCGUCCAGCAGCGGGCAAGUGACGUCGCCGACGGCUUUCAUCGCCACACCAUCCGGCUUCAACCCCAGCGGCUCUGCCUCGUCCUUCGUCAAGGUGUACUGCGGCAGCGAUGAGUGUGUUCCGCUCAGCAAGCAGUGCACUAGCGACGUCUUCCAGGGCGUCCUCUCCGACCUUGCAAACCGCGUCAGGAAGCACGAGACCCAGGGUCAGGGCAGUCGCAGUCACCGCGUGAAAACUGUCGGAAAUGCCGCCGGGACAGGCAGGACAGCCUCGGCUGUGGGGACUGUAGCUGGAAGCGGCGGCAGCGACGGCAAGGGCGAGUCGACGCCGCCGGCCUCGGAAGAUCGUGUGGGUGCUGGGGGGACCCGUGGCAGAGUGGUGAAGGGAGGCGGUGCUGGUACGAAAAAGAGGCCAUCUGCGCCGCCGCUGUCUACGUCGUCGCCGCUUCUGCCAGCAUCGAAGGGUGUUGCCCCGGCUGCGCCAUCCACAGAGUCCUUCUCCUCCAACGACACCUUACCCACCACCACUGAUAGAGCCGCUGCGUCGGUAGGUGUCCAGCUUGCAGGUGAGAGUGGUGCUCGUGUGGCAUGUGAUGUCGUGUACCGCCGGGCGGAGCUGCUACCGCUCAGUUUUGUGCGUGACAUCGCAUCGAACAGCAGGGUGACGGCACUGUACAAGCAACACCUUCAGCUUCAAGAGGAGCUCCAGCGCCAUCGCCUCGAGCAACAGCAGCUACAGCAGGAGUGGGGGGAGGAGGAGGAUGACGACGCUGCUGCCUCCGUCACGGCUGCCAAGGCGGCGAAAAACGACGCCGCAGAUGCCGCAAGCACCCAGAGCACUGCGGGUCAUGCGGGUGGGAAGGGGGAGAAGACACCGGGCAGCAAGCCCACUCCUCGACGGCGCGCGAUGCCAAGCGUGAACCGAGGCGGUGGGACCGUCUCUGGAAGCUGCGCUUCAUCUUCUGUUAGCUCCGCUGCAACUUCGGCGGUCGCUGCGACGGCGCUGGCUGCCCAGAUUCGCACACAGCUGUGGACCGCUUUGCGGAACACGAUCCCCUUCUUCGGCGUGCUGACGAUGCCCGCUCACACACCCAUGGAACCCCUUAUCAGCCUGCCAGCAUCGGGAUCAAGUGGUGCGAGCACCCCCGCUGCGAGGGCCGCGGCAGCGACAACGGCGCCGCUGGCAGCAGGUGUGGCGUCCGCGGCUACGGCCGUCUGUAGCGGUUCUUAUGUGCUGCUGGGGUGUCGUGAGCGACCGCGCGAAGAAACAGUUUUGGCCGACGCAACACCGGUGGCUUCCCAAGCGGGGCGAUGCACGCCCGGGGAUCUGUCCGUCAUCGGCGGAGUUGCUGCGUGUCCAAGCAUGUCUGCUGUGGAGCGGCUGGUGGAGCGGGCCCACGAGGCAUCGGUGACGCGGCUUCCGCCCCUCAGUGGCGACGCGCUGCUUCGCAUCAACACCGGCACCGCUGCAUCCGGGGGCAACAGCGAAGGCACAAAGCGGUCACCGCGAAGGCAGCGCAUGCACCCGAGGGAUCUGCAGGCGCAGAUGUCGCAGCAGUCGCUGCCGUUGCGGUGCACGCUGCACCCCACCACCAACCGUGUCGUGCCGAUGCUGCCUCCGCUUCCAGAUGACAUUGCGGCCGGCUACGGCGCUGGGAGGCUGGUGACGAAGUCGCUCGGCCAAUCUGUUUCGGAUCACAGCGGAGACGCGGACGACUCCGCGACGCCGUCGGAAACUCGUGUCAGCAGGAUCGCCGCUAACAGCCGCGACUGCGGUCACCCCGAUCGAGCGCAACGACGCUCCUUAGAUGAGCCCACCGACGGCUUUGUGAGUGCAGUGACGGGCCCUGAGACUGCUGGGCUGAGACGACCACUGUCGAACGGUAAGGGCGCGCCGUCGACGGGGCUUGGGAAGGGCAGCACCAGGGCUGGGGCGCCCUCCAACAAAGUCGGCGAGGAGGCAAGUUUAAUGAGCGCACAGGAGCCGCCGAAGGCUGCUGGCGCUUCACAUGGCCCUACCUCUCCAUCUACUGUGGUGCAUGCGAGUUCGGCCCUGGGGCCGGGUGGCGGCACACACAGGGACGGUGACGGACCCGGAAAAGGAAUGGAAUCAGGUGUACCCCUCUCCGCAGCCGCCAUCGCCCGCCUCACGCCUUCCACUCGGUUUAUGGUACAGCUGUCCAGCUGCACCGUAACCUUGACUACACAGACGCGGAAGGGAGCGGGGACGAACGCCGGUGACGCCACAUCCGCCAACACCAUUGGCGCGGCAAACAGCAUCAGCGGUACCGGUCGGAGCCUCGCCGGCUGUGGUGAGACCUACACCUAUGCAGACGAGCUUACCCUCGUGUUUGACGGGCUGGAUGUGCUUUGGCACGGACCCAGUGGCGAGGAGGCGUUACUGCAGUGGGUGCUGGACGAGUACUCUGUUCUACUAAAGCAGCGCAUGGCGGUCGCCAUGGCGCAGUGGACGUCGAUGGUGCACGCCAGUGACACCAGCACUGGCGCCGCCGGCGAGUCCUCCUCCAAGGGGAACAAGAUGCGGCGCCAACUACCGAGCGAGCGUGUACAGGCGUAG